AUGGCGAACAAACUGAUGCUCUCCUUCCUCGGCUUCGAGAUCCUGUUUCUGCUGAGCGGCGGCCUGCUCAUGGGCUUCGCCCUGUUCAGCGAGAACAGCAUGCGCUCAGCACCAACGGCCGACAGUGUCGCACCGCACCUCUUGCUCAAGCGCACCCCCUUGACCGCCACCAUCGUUAACGCCAUCUUCGUUUUUGCCACAUUCCUUCUGGCCCUACCUGCCAUCUUCUUGCCCACUAACCGCGGCUGGCUGCGCUUCCACGGCUACAUGGUUACCUUUUGCGGCACGUUCACGCUGGUUAUUGGCGUCAUCCUCUGGAUCAACACGCUGCGGACGCGGCGCAUGCUUGGGUCGAUCUGGGCCGCUGAGGCUCCCGAGACGCAGAGCCUACUGCAGCAGAAGUUCAAGUGCUGUGGCUACAACAACCCGACCUCACCGCCUUUCAUCACCGACGGCACAUGCACGGAUGCAGUAGUCGCGGCUGACCUAGGCGGUUGCAUCGGACCGUUCAGCAGCUUCGCCAACCAGUACCUCGAUGUAAUCUUCACGGCUGCCUUUGGUCUAGUUGGCCUCGAUACUAUCCUGCUCCUGUACAUCGCCAUGGUUCUCAUGGACCGCGCCGAGCAGGCCCGCUACAGGCACAUCGAUGAGAAGAACGGCAACCAAUUUUAUUAA